AUGAAGAGUUUGUCAAUUCCUCUCAUCCGGAACCUCAUCCCGAGUGUAACAUUGAACAAAAUAAAUGGUACCCAUUUAUUGAAGCACCUGGAAAAUGUGUGUGAGCAUAUAGCCCUGGUGGGGAGGUACACCAAAGGGAAGUCAACACGAAAGAGACACAUCAGUAGGCACUUCAGAAAGGUGCAGAUGAACAAAGGGGAGGAGAAAGGCAGCUACACCAACAGGACAAUAGGAAGGAGUAAAUUAUUUGACCAAGUGGAUGAGCAGUUUAACAAAGCUGUGGUUCUUCUCCCGGAGUUUGGUCCCAGUGGAAUCAUUCGAUUAUUGUAUGCCUUGCAAAAAAUAAAAUAUGAAAAAAAAAAGAGAAAAAAAAAUAACAUACUUAAACGAAUUGAGUACUACCUAUUGCAAGGCUCUGUGAAUGACACGGUAUAUAAUUUUUGGAGUCACCUAAAGAUAAAUGACACCAUCCUCUUGUUCAGGAUGUUUAUAAAGAAUAACCAUUUUGAGCCAGCCCUCCUUUCCAAACUGAUGGGACAGGUAAUGCAAAAUGGGCAUUUCUGUAUAUCCUCUGACGUGGUACUUUUCCUACGUUCUUAUCAUAUGUACAAAUGCAGAAUAAAAAGGAUUAGAAAAUGGAAGAGGAAAGAAGUUUCCCUCUCGGAUGAUUGUCACAGGAAGCUCCUCCACAUCAUUGUGCGCAACAAAUUCGAUCUUACACACAAGGAGAUGUGUACCUUUCUUUCCCUUUUUUCCUUAUAUGGGCGUAUUUUGCCUUUCCAUGAACGGUGGGAAAUUUAUACCAAGGCGAUUGAAUAUGUAGAAAGGACCCAACUGGCUUACUCCCCAAGAGACAUAAAAAAUUUCAUUCUAAGCCUCUUUAGGAUUAACGCCUUCCUGUUUGAUGGGGCAUGUGUACCCCGCAAUGAUGGGUCCCCAAUGAGGAUCCCUGAAGCGGGGACAAAUUUCCAUGUGCAGACACUAUCCGUUAUGAACCCUACCUUGCGAAAGCUAUUUCACCUUUAUAACAACCACAAUACUGACGUUCGGGUGGAAGACGAGUUGCGAAUAUUGGAGACCGCUAUACGCAGUCACUACUACCACUAUGACAGCCUCGAGAGAAUCCUCUUCCACAUAAAGAAUAAUUUUGCCCAGUUGGGCCUUUCAGAUGGAGUAAAAUUUGUCCGUUUUGUUAGGAAGCUGCGGCAUGCACACUCGGCAGAUGGAGUGCUGCUGCAUGCAGAUGCGUGCGCGUCAAACAUGGAGACAAAAUUUGUUCUACAUAUGCUAGACCACAUUUUAACCAACUGUACGGAGGUACUGAAGGCCCGGUAUAAGUAUCCUCCGCGGAAAAUUAGGGGCGUCCUCUCACUGGACCGUUUAUUGGGUGUGGCGGCGGAACCGCAUCACAAGCUCACGGAUUUGCAUCCUUAG